UUUGGAUGUGUGUGCGUGUGUAUGUUUGUGUGUGCAACGACGGCCCCUCGUGUACUGCUGCUGCUACACCACUAGCACAUACCAGGGCAGCUGUACGUCUUUCCAACUGCUCGUGAGCGCUGCUUAUAUAUAGAUAUACGCUUAACACACAUUUACGCGAGAGUGUAUAUAUACUAACAUAGAGACGUCGUCGACACUGCUGCUGACUUUAUAUUCUUAAUCCGCACACUGGCACAAUUAAAUAUUUUGCCAUUGUUGCACCGCCUCUCGCAUCGCUGCUUAUUCAUCCCGAUUGACAACAAAAAAUAUCGCAACGCGCGCUUAGCGUCGAGAGUGCAGAGAUCGGCACAUUUCCUCACGCGCUUCAUUUUGUCAUUUCAACAGAGAAGAGAGUAGCAGAAUGCAGAAGGCACGGCAGCAGCAAGUGAUCAUCUCCACACUCACGGGCAGCGCUUGAAAAGAUCAUCGUCGCGCCUCGCUCGUCCCGUCUAACGACUCCGUUUUAUCAUCUUCUCAUCUUUUUUUUGGUGCACGAUCGAAUAUAUUUACCAGUAUAUAUGUCAAGCGUGUGUAAUUACGAUUAAAGUGUCGCACGGGUGUGGUACGAGUAGUGAUUCGAGCGUUCGUUCUCGAGCGCGUUGCUGCUACUGGAGUUGCAGCAGCGACAGCAGCAGUCGUCGUACGCGGUAUCGACGGUCCUUCGGGAAGCCGGACAAGUGGAGUUCCUCAUGCAGACGCUACGCAAAAAAAACAGCCCAUGCAAGUUAAAAAACGAACCUACCCGUUUUCUCGGAGACGGGGUAUCCUUCAAAGCCAAGCUAAUUGGUAUUCUGGAAGUAUCAGAAGCUCGAGGCGAUCGGAUGUGUCAAGCGGCACUAGCCGAUUUAAAGAUGGCUAUACGGGCUGCCGGAGAACACAAGCAACGUAUCACCGUACAAAUCAGCAUCGAUGGUCUUCGACUAAGAGACGAAAAAAAUGGAGAUUGUUUGUAUCACCAUCCAGUUCAUAAAAUAUCCUUCAUAGCACAAGAUAUGAGCGAUUCGCGUGCAUUUGGUUACAUUUUUGGUUCACCUGAUACAGGUCACCGAUUUUUUGGAAUUAAGACGGAUAAAGCAGCUAGUCAAGUAGUUAUUGCAAUGCGCGAUCUAUUCCAAGUAGUUUUUGAGCUGAAGAAAAAAGAAAUUGAACUAGCCAAGCAGCAUAUCGAGCAUGCUUCUGUCAGGUGUAACGUUCAUUCCGAACGGUCACCUGAUACUAAGGGAGCAGCCGGUAGUGAAACGUCCCUUCAUAGAACUGCUUCCGAUAGUGAACGCACAAAAAAACAUGAAGCCCAAAGUGGAGUAGUAGCUGACCUUUUAGAUUUACAAUUUGAAUUAAAUUCAUUACAGCAAGGUAUUCACCAAAUGGAUAAAAUAACUCCUGAUAAUCCUAGACCUACCGAUGACUUGUUUGAUGCCGAUCCUUUUGGAGAUUCAUUCGCAAAUAUGAAAAUAAAAGAACAAAUUAAACCGAUUUUACCUCCUCCUCCUUCUUCAUCGAAAAGAGGUCAUUUUGAAAGGCAGCAAACUCUUCAACACACUCCAACAUCUACGGGUGCUCCUAGUCCUGCUAAUAUUAUUACCAAUAAAACGCCUCCACCCAAAGAUUCAGGUCAAUGGUUUGACAAAAAUGCAGAAAAGUUCUUCAAUGAGAGUCAAUCUUCUAACAUCGAGAGAAAAGAUUCAUCUAGUAGCAACGAAGAAAAAGAAAUGACACUCUCCAGUUCAACUCAACACGAUCAUUAUAAGCAAUUGGACAUCUUCUCAGACUUGGAUCCUUUAGGCACAGGUUCUAAAAAACCUUAUGUAGAUAAAAAAGAUUUUUUCCAACACUUAAAGAAUCCUCCUAAAAAAGUUUUGAAAGAAUUAGUUUCAACAAAUUUCGAUGAUACUUUUCCUACAGAUUUUAAUAAAUCCUCAGUCUCAGAUUUAAUGGAUACAAGUAAAUCCAAAUUAGAUAAAAGUGACGCAAAAAAAUUUGUCGAUGACGAAUUUUCUGAAUUUGAUAAGUUUAAAAGUAAAGAUACGAUUUCUACAGAAAAAAUUAGUUCACCUAAAAUGUCCAUGAAAGAUGCGAAUAGAAAAGUUCAGCAGCAGUCGUUGUCUGUUUCAUUACCCCCUGAAGAAAAAACUACUUCAAAAAAUUCGUAUGGUUACGGAAUGUCUAAUUCUAUGAUUUCUAGUCGAUAUGAUAAAGACGAGUCUUCGGUCAAAAUACAGAGCCCUAAGAAAUAUUCAUAUAGUUCGCGACGAUCUGAGUUCUCCGAUUACCCUGGGAAUAAAUCACUCGAUAAAUCAGUUGAUCGGUCUUUUCCAAUUGAUUUUUCAUCUACGAGUGAAUCACCAGCAUCUCCACUCAGGUCAUGUUCUUCGGGAGCUAAUUCUAGAUUAUCUAGCUCUAGUGCAGAAUUGGAAAAUGUUCCUGAUCCUCCGCCUAGGGGAGCUGGAAGUAUACUGAUUAAUCCACCGCCCUUGCCACCUAAAAAGUAUGGUAGUAGAGGCGGCAUUAAACCUCCUCCCAGACCGCCUUACAGUGAUGGUCAUUUUCAUUAUGAUUUCUUGGAAAGGGAAGAAGGAUCACCAUCGCCAACUCGUCGUUCACACGGAUCAAACUCACCUAGAAAUAAUAGUAGAUUUGACGAUAAUUUUAGUCCUCCGUUACCACAGCUACCAAAAAGAACUGAUGUUGGAUCUUUUUCAAAUUCAAGUUUUGAAGAUUCAUUCAAUUCAAUAAUACAAUCUCCUGCAUCAGUAAUAAACAAUGACAAAUCAGCAAUAAAUUGGGCAAAUCUAACAAAAGAUAUAACUUUGAGUCAAUUAACGUCAACUUUUCUUACAGAUUUGGCUUCUAAUUUAGGUAUGUCUACUAGCGAAGUAACGAGCUUAACAUUAGCACAACUCACAGAAUGCAUUGAGUCUUUAGCGAAAAAAGAUAAUACUCAGGGAAACAAAACAGAAUGUACCAAACCAACUAAUGUUGAAACAAAAAAUACUGAAAAUAGUUUUAGUUUCAAUUCGAACAAGCCAAAUAAAUCAAAAACAGAAGAAACUUCUUCUUUUGUAACGAACGAACCACUUUUUAAAGCUACAUUUGAUGAUGAGCCUAAGGCAGAAAAUAAUAGUUCGUAUGAUAAGUACGCAGUUUUUAGAGAAUUAAUUGAAAUUGAACAAGAAACAAGCGAUGUAAAAUCGCAAAAGUUUAGCGAAGAUGAAGAUCCAAUGAAUUUAGAAAAUAGAGAAGAGUCAGGUGACCUUGAUGAUCAAGAAGAUGCUCACAGCGAUGAGAUUGAAGAAAAUAUUAACAAUCACUCUAGUUUAAUGGUAAAACUACCACCAGUCUCUGAUGAUCAAUCCAAAGAAGUUGCUUCAUAUUAUGACGACGUGAAAUCAAAUCCCGAAGAUUCAGAUUCUCCUAAAUACAAGGAAAUGACACCAAUAGAUGAGACUGAACCAGAAGACCAAUCUUUCGAUAAAGAUAUCUCAAAAACAAACGACUCACCUAGUGAUAUGCUAGAAAGUAACAAUGAAGACUUAGAAAUUUUCAAUCAAUCUGAAAGCAUGAAAGGUAGUAAAAAAGAUGAUGAGUCAAGAGAACCUUCCGAUAAUUUUAUCAUAACAUCUGAUGAAGCAAAUGAGUUAUCAAAGUUUGCCGAUAAAAAGGACGAAAUGAAAACAUCAAUAUCGACAUCUAGUGAUAGGUACGCUGCUUUACGAGAAAUAAUAGAGGAAGUUGAAGCACCAAUCAUGAAAAAUGAUCUGUUUAUUUCUUCAAAAGAGAGUGUCAUAAAAUCUUCGGCCGAAAACGAUUUGCAAGAAUUAUUUGCAGAUUCUUUUGUACCUCAAACAACGGUAGCAACGGCAAUAACUAAAAAAGAAGAUACAAUGUCGGCCUUAAUGGAUAUUUUUGAAGAAAUAAAAACACUCGAUUCAGAUCCUUGUAAACCAAAAAAUGUAGAUUCUGUUCCAAAAAAUUUAAUCGAAAAUAAGCCUCAAAAAGAUUCUUCUAACGAUGACGAAAAUUGGGCUAAAUUUGAGUCGACUGAUUUUGUAACUUCUAAACAAAUUAGUGAGGCACAAGACAAAUCAAUCAGUGGUGCUUCACCAUGGUCGCCCGAAGGGAAGGAAUUCGUACGAGAAGGAUCAAUAAGGAGGUCUCGACAUCGUCUUCCAGGAGAAAGUGAUAAUGAAUGGAAAGAUGACGAGAGCGAGGAAAGCAAUGGUAGACCAAAGAGAGAAGGACCAUGUUGUCCUGCUAGAUCGUAUCCCAGGUAUGAUUUACCACCUUUUGAAGAUAGACCACUUUACGAAGAUGCGUCAGAAGAUGAGAAAAAUCGCAUGUUCCAUGAUAAAAUGACGCGAAAAAUCAGAGAAGCUCGAAUUAAAAGCGCAUAUAGAAACCGGGAACCCAUGUCUUGGUACGACGAAUCAAGGUGGGAAGAAGAACGAAGACGACAUCCACUGCGUAAAGCUCCUUAUAAGAAUGAGGAAGAAUAUAAAGCUUAUUGGAAACACAGAUCCAAACAACGACCUUGGAAUGGUGAAAGAGAAGGUUUUUGGGGACCUGAACAUCAAUUUUACGAUGAAGAAUGUGAAAGAAGAAUGGGACCUUGGACAGAAGAAGAACGCGACAAUAGAGAGCGAUUCAGUAGUCAAGAAAGCAUGGGAUUUGAAGAUGCCGAACGAUGGUAUAGGAGAGAAUACGACAGACGGCGUUACGAAGAUGACAAUAUGGUACAUAGAGCUCGUGGUCCUCCUUCCAAUAUGUCGGAAAGUGAUUAUAUUGCACGUGAUAUUUAUAAAAAGCCUCACGAUCCACACUAUUUUCGAGAAGGUAGAGAUCGAUAUUAUGAUUACCCGCCGAGCUGGGAAGAAGAAUAUGAAACAAAAAGAACCGAGGAAUCCCCAAGGUAUUUAUCUCGAAAGAAACCUUGGCCAAAACGACCUAAUAGCGCAAAUGAAGGAAGAGAAAUGAUUUACAUGGAUCCUAGACCUAAAUGUGCUAUGUCAAGAUCAGAAUGCAGUGACAAUGAUGCUGAUCCAUACCAUCGUCCUUAUCGAUCAAGAAGCCGUGAUAGUUAUUGGGAGAGUGAUCAAGAGUAUGAUUGGUGCGAACGACCUUAUUGGUCUGAAGGGCCAGAAGGAAAGGGUGAAAGUUUGCAUCGUAAAAGAAUGAAUAGACACAGGGGUCGACCGCAGCCAAAAAUGCAAAGUUCCCCAUUUGAAGAUGACUUCACUCAAAGUGUGGAGCGUACUGAAGCACCGAUCGAUCCAGUUAACGUAGAAAAUCGAAUUAGACCUGAAAUUGAUAUCAAACAACCUGCGAGUCCUCGAGGAGCUAAAGACUCAAGCAAAAGGGAUCCAAAAGCAUACAAGUCAUCUAGUUACUUCGACGAUGAUCUCACUCCUACACCUAGCGCUUCAAGCGACGCAUCGGAUAGACAAAGAAUUGGCUCUGAUUUGAAGGUAACUCCUGAAGAUCUGACUACUGAGGUGAAAGAUCCUAAUGUAGAUGGUUUUGCAUCCGAGGAUAGUGGGAAAGAUUCCUUUUUCAACGGUGAUCCAAGAUUUGAUGAUGAUGCUUUUACCUUCCGUUCGGAAUUAGAAGAUCAAGUACCAGAAAGAACAACCAUCCCAAUGAAAUCUUCGAGACACUUAAAAUAUAAUAAUGGUAGAGGAAAAGGAGACCAAUUUAUCAAGAAGUCUGAGUCAGUUAAUAUAUUCCGUCGUGAAAAUGAUCCUUUUGAUGACGAUGAAUUUUUUAACUGAUCUAAACCAACAACUGAUUUCUUUCAUACACCAGUAAAACCACGUAAAGAAAUCAGCUUUGCUCCUUUCACCAAAACAUCAACUCAUUCAAGCAGAAUGCAAUACUCAUAUCCAUUUGGAUACAAGUAAGAAGAUAACUAAUUUAUGUCUGCCUACGGAAGCCAUAUUUUUAUACUACAAAAAAAUCUCUUGCGUGCAUAGAACUUUACCAUUGAAAUUAUUGUUUGUUUUAAAUUAAAAUAAUACGCGGUCAUCGAACAAUUUAAUUGUAUUCAUUACAGAGAAAUAUAUUGUAAAAAUACAUUUAGUUUCACGAGAUUUGUGCAAUUUAGAAGUUUAAAAAACUUAACUGUUCUCGCAAACUGCGGAUUAUAUUUACUUUGAUUUUCAGAGUACCAUGUAUCAUAUAUGUUGUUUAUUGAAUCUUGCAACCGUAUAGAGUUUUUAAAUAAAAAAUAAAUUUACAUAAUUCUGUCACCGUACCGACAUGAAGACCGGUGAGAAUGUGUACAUUUUGUAGAAAAUCUAGUUAUUUGAUUAUAAGUCAUUAUGCAAGAAAUAAUUGAAAAAAGUUAGAUAUGAAAAUAAUAAUUUGACCUGACGUUACCUCAAACUUGACGUGAUUUAUAACACGUGUGGUUGUUUAACUGCACGAAGAGAAGGCUUAUGGUAUAUAUUGCUUUGUUCUUUAAAAAAGAGUCCCACAACUAUGAUGGUUUCUGUUAUAGGAUACAGUGAUUUUUACUAUAUUCAUAAAAUCUUUUGUAAUAAAAUAUGAUAAAUAUCACUGUGUACUCUAACAGAAAAUCGACACAGUUAGACUCUGGGUCAUUUUUCCUAGCUAAGAAAUUUUUACUACAGGGCUUCUCUUCGCGUGCGCUUCACUGAAAUCGAGUAUAACGUAAUUCAAAUUAUGAACUGUUCAACAGUUAACGAAACGAUGUAUGAAUUCAAUAUGUAUAUAGAUAAUAACAUUUGUAAACCAAAUAUCUUUGUUAUUAAUAUAAAAUAUAAAAAAAUAUAAUACAACUUUUUUA